GCUGCUGUGCGCCAGUUGGAGCGAUCAGCCUCUAGCAGCCGCUCGGACUUCACAUUAAUAAGAGCGGCGCGGUCGUGCUACGUGCGUGAGCGCAAUUCUGAGGCGCCGAUGCCAAAAUGCUUCCAGGCACAUUACAGCGACGGCGGCUGAAUGGACGCGCGCGGAAUUAAGUGGUCAGCCAGGGAGACGAAUUUGUGGAUGAAAUGGGGAAUGCGACACCUAAACCUUUAAUAGAUGCAACUCUACAACCCCGCCCUAUGGCAAGCAGACAGUACUACACCUUGCCAAACAACAGGGUUGGAAUGGAGAGAAGAACGACUGGUCCUCCGCUCGGGAUCAACAUGGAAUCGCCCCGCUUCCACCCCCACGCCAAGGGCAAGAACAUCAGGCUUGAUGGGCAGCUUCGCCGUGCCACACGCAAGAACAGCUUCUGCAAUGGCAUAACCUUCAGCCAUAGGCCUGUCCACCUCUAUGAGAAGGUGCGUCUUCGCCUGAGCGGUGUGCACAAUGGCUGGAGUGGAGCCCUGCGCUUUGGUUUCACCAGUUUGGACCCAAGUGAACUGGUCUCUACAGACAUCCCCAAGUAUGCGUGCCCAGAUCUGGUGACGCGGCCUGGCUACUGGGCUAAAGCUCUGCCUGAGAGAUUGGCCUUGAAGGACAACGUACUGUCAUUCUGGGCUGAUCGACACGGCAGGGUUUUCUACACAAUCAAUGAAGGCGAGCCAAUCCUCUUCCACUGUGGGCUCAGCAUUGGCUGUCCACUCUGGGCUAUCAUAGAUAUCUAUGGAAUCACUCAGGAGGUCACGCUGCUCGAAAGCACAUUUGCUGAGAGUGUGGGUUCCAACUGCUUAAGUGCAGCCCGUCUGAGUGCCUAUAUGCCACAGUCCAGCCACGACUCAGCCAAUUACAGCAACAAUCAGCUGGAGAACAAUCAGGUGGCUGUUGCCAAGAUGGCUAACAUCCACCUCAAUAACUACACCCAGUUCAUCCCCUGCUGUUCUUCCACAUCUUCAUCCUCCACAACAGCCUUGUCUGCCUCCACGGGAUUCAGCAUAUCACGGGCGGUCCGGCCUGUUCCUUCUCCACUGGACAAUGACAUCCACUUUCACCCAAUCCGUGGCUCAGAUGUAAUACUUUCUGCUGACCGCUCAACUGCCUGCAUUCACUUUCUGGAUAGUAGUCAGACUCUUGUGUUCAGUGACCGGCCGCUACAUGUCGGUGAGACUCUGUAUGUAGAGGUCGGUCACCUGGGCCUGCCCUACUUUGGAGCAUUGUUGUUUGGUUUAACGUCAUGUGAUCCAGCUAGUCUACAUGCUGGGGACCUACCGGCAGACCCUGACAUUCUACUGGAUCGUAAAGAGUAUUGGGUGGUGCACCGGGGCCUCCCUAUGCCAUGCUCAGGGGACGUACUAAGUUUCCGUCUUUCUCCGAGCGGAGAAGUGCACCAUGGAGUUAAUGGAAUGGGACGUGGUAGGCUGCUCUGUGUGGACUCCUCUCAGGUUCUCUGGGCCUUUUUCACCUUAUAUGGGGCUGUCAACAGGCUCAGGAUAUUGGGAACUUUGGCUCCAUCCACAUCUCCCAACUUUUCUCAGAGCAGCAGUCCAGAUGACAGUGACUCAGAUGUCGCCUUCAGUGUCAACAGAUCCUCAUCUGCGUCUGAAUCCUCUCUGGUGACUGCACCCAGCUCUCCUCUCAGUCCUCCCCUCUCCCCGAUUCUCCAUGUCUCAGAGCUGCCCUCUUCAGGAAAAAAUGGAGAGUGCACCAUUUGCUUCGACAUGGAGGUGGACACAGUUAUCUACACCUGUGGGCACAUGUGUCUGUGCAACGACUGUGGGCUGAAGCUAAAGAGACAGAUCAAUGCGUGUUGUCCAAUAUGCAGGAGGCCCAUCAAAGACGUCAUCAAAACGUAUCGGCCAUAGAAUCGCUGUCCCAAAGAGGUGCACAGACACCCACCACAAGUAGCCCCUUCUCUCAGGCCUGGCUGGACUCUGAUCCUAACCUGAACAUCAGGACAGAAGUGUGCCUAUAUAACUUCAACUUUGACCUACAUUCAGUGAACACUUCAGUCUUCAGCCAAGUUAUAAUUAUUUCUAACAGAAUAUAUAUCAGCUCUUUUUAUUUUAUAUCAAUGUGAUGUGUCUGAUGUCAUCUAUUAUGAAUCUUAUGUGAAUAUAUUGUCGUUCCUCUCACUG